AUGCCCCUCCAAGACCUCCCAUUGGAGAUUCUAGUCACCAUCCUUCGUCUUGUGGGCAGUGAUUCACUCCGAAAGCAGGAAGCCUGCUGUCUACUUGUGUCCAAGUGGUGGUACGGACUUGCAGAAUCUAUUCUCUUAGAGGACUUAGCUGUGCACGCAAACCAGCUUAAUGGAAUUCCAUCACCGUCUCUCAGCUUAUUGAAAAAGUCUUUACGACGACUGAAAAUCGAUCUUAAGCCUGUAUCGGACCAACAGGUUGAUAAGCUUGAUACUAAUUUCAAUGAUGUGCUCUCCUCCAUAUUACCAUACUGUACUCAGCUGAAAACUUUCACAUUACACGCCAAUGGCUAUUUCAGUGCAGAAAGGCCUCUUGAAUCAUACACAGACUACCUUAAGGAGUGUUCGUUAGGCCAUAUUUUGAGAGUCCUUCCAUUCUCUAUUCUUUCCGAUCUCACAAUUGAUACCAGUGGUUCCAAUAUUCAGGACAAGGAUCAUUUUUGCUCCCACAUAGCGCUCAAGAUACCCUCUCUCCGAUCCCUUCAACUGAGGGUGCGCCAUAUCUGCCCAAGAGUACUUGAAUUCGAUAAAAGUUCGAAAAUCGAGAGCAUAAUCAUCAAUCUGAGUCUCAAAGAAGACCAUCUACUCAAAGCAGGAUUCAGUCGUCAUUGCAAGGAGGCGAUAUCUGCAUAUGAUCUCAAUGACAGAAUGGUUACGGCUGCUACGGAGAUCGCAACUGGUCUUUCGAAUAUCAGGAUGCUGAGGAUACUUUGUCAUAAGCAUCCAGGUUUUGAGAUGGUCACCACUGAUUGUAUCAAUGGUUCUCAAAUGCUCUUAGCAGAUAUGGAUGAUUCCGAGUGGGACUGGAGUGAUGAUGGGCCAUUAUAUCUCCCCGAUGAAGAACCAUCUGACCGGGAUCUCUUUGAUUCUGAUGAUGAAGAUGACCAUGUCCUGUAA